GGAUGAUUUUCUAACAGUCUUAAGGAGUUUCAACAUAUGCUGAAUACUUAUUAGCUGCUUUUCCUUCACUAUCCUGUCAAAGUCAUCCCAAACCAGGUCACCUAAAACAGCACUCCAUCAUUCUUCUGCUCUUACACGACCUUGAGGUAUGUUUUGUUGCGUUGUCCAGAUGAAAAACAAAUGAUGAUAACACUAAUUGCAAAUCAGAUGAGAUGGUGUGUUGCUGCAGACUGCUCUGGUAAUCAUGCUGGUUAAGUAUGCCUUCAGUUCUAAAUAAAUCACCCCCCAGAGCCUCACACCAUUCCCCCCCCACGUGCCUAUAGGAGCUACCCAUACUGACAUCAUCUGUUUACUUUACCUGCAUCACACAGAGACAUGGCAGAUGUAACCAAAAGUCUAAUACUUGGACUCCUCAAACCAAAAGGCAGAUUUCCACUGGUCUGAUGUCCACCACUUGUGUUUCUUGACCCAAGCAAGUCAUUUCUUAUUUGGCUCUUCAGUAGUUAUUUCCGUGGACCGGCUCUAACAUGUAGGCUGGUGUUACUUGUGCUCCUCAGCAGUCACUCUUAGACUGCAUUUCCUUUGACAAUCCAUAGGAGAGUCAGUUUCAUCACAGUGCUUGAUGUAUUUUAUGACUGCACUUCAAGGAACUUUUCAGGCUGGUGACCUCAUUAUCUCUUUACCAGAGAGCUGCCUACUAACAACUUCAACAGUGCUUAAGAGUUACAUGGGUGACUAUAUUAAAAGAUGGAAGCCUCCUGUAUCACCCUUAUUGGCCCUCUGUGUGUUUUUAAUUGCUGAACUUCACUUUGGGACACAGUCUGACUGGAAGCCCUACAUAGAUAGUCUCCCAAAGACAUUUGAUUGCGCGGCUUAUUUACCAGCCAACAUUACAGACCUGCUUCCUGAACCUCUGCGUGGAAAAGCAAAGGAUCAGAGAGUUGUUGUUGAGGAGCUUUACCUCUCAUCCCGAAAGUUCUUUCACUCUCUACAACCUUUAUUUACUGAAAAAAUUGAUGAUAUCUUCACUCUUGAUGCCCUGAGGUGGGCCUGGUCUAGUGUUAAUACCCGCACUGUGUACAUGAAAAAUACCCAAAGCAAGUUUCUUUCUAGAGAUGUGGAUGUAUAUGCCUUAGCUCCCUAUUUGGACUUGUUGAAUCAUAGUUCAACAACUCAGGUAACUGCUGCAUUCAAUUUAAAUACCAGAUGUUAUGAGAUCAAAGCAGAAUCAAGAUGGCAAAGAUAUGAACAAGUAUUUAUAUGUUAUGGACCUCAUGACAGCCAGCGACUGCUUCUGGAGUAUGGCUUUGUUCUGAAGAGAAACCCUCACAGUGUUGUAUAUGUAACUGAAGAUGUUCUUCAGUCCUGCAUGACCAAUAAGGACAAUCUAGUGACCCAAAAGUUUUGUUACCUGAAAGAAAACAACUUUUUAGAGAACUUGACUUUUGGAUGUGAUGGUCCAUCCUGGAGAUUGAUGACUGCUCUGAAGUUGCUAUGCCUUGGGCCAGAUGACUAUUCCACCUGGAAGCAGGUUCUGCUUGGAGGCCCAGUUUCCGUUGAAAAUGAGAGAAUGAGCUUCAGGCUGGCACAGUCUGUUUGUAACUAUCUGCUGCAUGCAAACAAUAAGAGUUUGCAGAAAAUUGAUCUUAUGAGGCUUCACAAUAGAGGCGAUCUGAAAGAACAAUUGGAUCUGAUUCAGCAUUUACGGGAAGAGGAACUGCAUCUCCUCAAAUACUCAGCAGAAAUGUUAACAACUCAGUGACAAUCAGUGACUCUGCGGCCAAGAAGAAAAAUACCUGCUUGUCUUCUGCCAGCGUGUCUGUAUGCUGAAUGUAAGCCGCUUUUUCCCCAUGUGCAAUGCUUUCUGAUUUACUGUUAAGAUACUUGAAGCAGUAAAACCCAGUACUCUACUGUGUGCUUUAAAAGUGGCUUUAUACGUUAAGGAGUUGGAGGGCCAGUUUUUAAUGGGAGGUAGACUACUUUGGCAGCCUAGAUAAUUUUAAGGUAUUAACUGCUUUUGCAGGACCUUAGAAGGACGAGGGAUUCUAUUUUUUACAAAAAGAGUAAUUUUUUAACUUUCACUCAAGUAACAUGAUCACUGUUUGAAAUGUAUUAAAAAAAACUAAAGCAAGAACA